AUGGCCAUUGAAAAACUAAUCAAGCAAGGGGACGAAGCCAUCAAGUCCAAGGACUUUCUAGCGGCGAUCCAAUUGUUUUCACAAGCAAUCAAAGAGAACCCACAAGCAUUUCAAGCAUUUCUCAAACGCUCAGUGGCGUAUCAAAAGUUGAAGAAUUUAGACCAAGCAAAAGGUGAUAUUUCUACAGCAUUUACCAUUGCAAAUGAAAGAGGUAGACGAGCAGAUAUUGGGUUGUGCUAUUUCAAGUUGGCAUUGGUGUAUUACCAAGAAAAGAAGUUGAAGAUGGCAUUGUCACAAUUCAACAAGGCUCAAGAGUAUGAUUGUAAGGAGUCGACUAUCGAGUUUUGGAAAAACAAGUGUGAAUUUGACUUGAAGAACCAUCCGGAAUGGAAUGUCGAGGAGAGUGAUGAUGACGUGUUUCAGACUGAUGACCAGGACGUGGUUGAAGAGGAGAAGAAGGAUGUUCCAAAGAUCGAAGAGUUGGGUGACAAUGAAAUGGAGGAGAAGAAGCCAGACGGAAAGAGUGCGGAGAAGGGCAAGACUUUGACGAGCUCCACGAAUGUGGACGUUAUCAACAAAAUUGCACCAUUGAAUGUCAAAAUUAGAGAUGAUUGGUACCAGACCAAUGACGAGAUUAUCAUCACCAUAUAUGCCAAGAGUGUCAAGGAAGAGAAAUUGAACGUCAAUUUUGAGGCUGAAUCGGUGUCAAUUUCAUUUCCUGGUGCCAAUGGAUCGGAGUACAAUUACAACCUAGAUCCAUUGUAUGCUGAAAUAGAGGUCGCGGAAUCCAAAUACAAGCUUUACUCAACCAAGUUGGAAAUUACAUUGAAAAAGAAGGCACCAGGUAAAUGGUCGUCGUUGGAAAAGGAGCAAGCAAGCAAGACUCAAGAAGAGGCAGAUGCAACUGCGUAUCCAACCAGUUCCAAAAAGAAGAUUAAUUGGAAUAAUUUCAAAGUUGACGAUGACAAGGAUGGAGAACAAAAGGAUUUCUUCCAAACUUUGUUUAAAGGGAUGGAUGAAGAUUCUAGACGUGCAAUGAUGAAGUCGUAUGUGCAAAGUAAUGGUACUGUGUUGACUACUAAUUGGGAAGAGGCUCGGAAUAAGGAAUUUGAAACGUCUCCGCCAGAUGGAAUGGAAGCUAAGAAAUGGAGUGUAUAA